UUAUGCUAUAAAAUCAGGGCAAGAUGUGCCUGGACAUACGCACUUAUCUUCAGCAAGAUACAACGAAGAUUCCUCCUCUUGGAAGACGGACCCACACGCUUUCUCUCCAGCCUCCAGCCAGAAGACUUCAGCAGCUUUUGCAUCCACCAUGACUCCACAGUCUCUCCUCCUGUCCACCCUGGGUCUCUUGUCGCUCCUCAGCUCUGCGGCGUGGAGCAGCCCCAUGUGCACUAACCAGUGCUGUCGCUUCGUGGAGGGUUUCCCCGUCAGGCUCAAGAAGCUCAGAGAGAACUAUUCACAGAUCAGAGACUUUUAUGAAGCCAAUAAUGACUUGGACUCAGCUCUGCUAGACCAGAGUGUGGAGAACUCUUUCAAUAGCCAAUUUGCCUGCCAAGCUAUGGACGGUCUUCUAGAAUUUUACCUGACCACAGUGUUACCCACAGCCAUGGCAGAGGUGACAGAGACCAUCAUGGACCUAAAGCCUCACGUGGAGUCCAUACUGCAGAUAUUCGACGAGCUUAAGGAGGACGUCAACAAAUGUAAAAACUACUUAUCGUGCAAGAAUCCCUUUGACAUCACAAAGCUGAACUCCACGUACACUCAGAUGGAGGGCAAAGGUCUUUAUAAGGCCAUGGGCGAACUGGACCUGCUGUUUAACUACAUCGAGAAAUACUUGGCCUCAAAACGCCGGAGAAACCAAGUGACCCACUGACCUCAUCAAAGUGAAAAUGUUCAUCUCAGGGAAAAAAGUAAUUGACUCUUGCACUCAUUUGCAUCCAGUCCAUUCUGUUUCAGUGGAUAUGCACAUUGUUGAAUGUUGGUUUUCUUGUUUGAGUUGACUGAACUCGUGUCUUUGUUCUUUUAAGACAUCUGUUUACUUUUUCUUUUUUUUUGUCCCGAGGACAAGUACCAGUUGAGGACCAUAUUGUGUCUCACAGAGAAAUAGUUUUAUACACAAAAUUGUCAAUUUUAUAUUUAUUCUACACCGGUUGUAUUUAUUAUAUAUCUUGUAUUUUAUAUUGUGAAAAGCUGAAUAAAAUGACUGAACUCACAA